AUGAACUGUGCAGAUAUGAAGGAAUUUGAAAAAGCACUAAAAACAAUUGUAAAAUUUCCCUACUGGCAUUCUUUAUCCAAUAUUAUUUUAUACUAUCGUGCGCCGUACAACAAAGAAGCUAUAGCAAAAAUAUUUUUUAUUUAUUGGUAUUACAGAGCAAUAAAUGUAGUAAUUGUUCAAAACAAUCAUAUUGAGAAAGCGUCAAUAAUUUCAUAUUAUAGUCCUUAUAUGUCUGAAAACUACAAGCUUACCUUACAUCUUGGAACAUGCAUUGGUUUUGAUACAGAAUCACUAGAAGAUGUGAAAAAGGUGCAAUACUUAGAUAUCUUUAAGGACAAAGGAAAAAAUUUACAUGGAUUUACGUUAUACGCAUAUACUGUAGAAAUCCUUCCAUUUUUUAUAAUUAAAGAACAUAAAAAUAAAACUUACACAUUUCAUCAAAGAGAUGGUGAAACGUGGAAUGCAAUGGCAAAAUUAUUAAAUUUUACUAUUGAUAUCACACCAUCUGUAGACUUGUUGAAAAAGAAAUUUGAUUAUCAAAUAUAUAUUUCACAGGUAUUUUCAUUUUCUCAAAGAAAAGUAGAUUUACUAUUAUAUCCACUAUAUCAAUUUGAUUUAAUAAUAGCGGAGGUAGAUUACACGGUACCACACAUCGAUAGCGGCGUUUGUAUAUUGUCGCAUCGAGCUGGAUUUCAAACUAUUAUCUUCGAUGUCAAACUCAUAGAGAAAAAUAUAGGCAUUAUAACAGCGUUUUUAGUGUGUUUUAUUUGCAUUUGCUUUAGUGCACAGGCGGCUAUAAUUUCUUUAUUUUCCGUUUACAAAAAAGAAAAAGAAGUCGAUACUUUUGAAGAUAUCAUAAAAAAGGGUUAUAAUAUUGAAGGAAUAGUUACACCAGAUGUUGAACUCCCUGAUACGGAAGAAAAAUUUCGAAUUGUGUCAUCCAGAAUUAAAUCUAUGAAAGAUUUAUUUGAAUGUAAAUGUCCUAGAAUAAUGUAUCGCAGUGGCAGCGCGAGAUCUAAACUUAAAAUGGGCAAGGUAUAUUUCGUGAGGCCCUCUGAUAGCGCUAUAAAAGAGGAUUUCAUGAAAUAA